AUGGAUCACAGAUCGUCACUCGAGAAAGCGGACGACGAUAAGCUAGAAGCAGCUGCUACUGGCAUUGAAGAUGCCACCAUAAUUGCAGCGAGCAAUGCCAGGGACAAGCUGUCACUGCAUCAACUCGUCACCGACAGCCCAGCUGUGGUCUGGUGGGCUUUUUACUGGGGCAUGGCGGGUGUAGCCUGGGGCUUCGACUCCCAGAUCAACGGAGCUGUUCUCUCAGUGCCAUCUUUCCGCCGCGCUUUUGGAUAUGUAGAAAACGGCGAAGCGAUUCUCCCCGCCAAGUGGCAGACGGCUUUCAACACGGUACCCAGCGUAGGCGCUUUUUUCAGUGCCUUCAUCUGCUCCUGGGUGGGUGAUCGCAUUGGCCGCAAGGGCGCCAUGCUCAUCGGCAUACUCCUCCUUACCGGCGGCAUCCUCGGCGAGAUGUUCACCCUCUCCCACGGCGGCUUUGUGGCCGUCAAGAUACUCCUUGGAUGCGGUCUCGGAUUCAUGCUCACACUGGCCCCGCUGGCGACGUCUGAAAUCACCCCAGUUGCGCUCCGCGGCCUGGCCACGUCCGGCGUGAAUCUGGGCAUCGCCAUCGGACAGCUCCUCUCAAGUGCUGUCAUCAGGGGCUUCGGUGAACGCGAGGAUAACUGGGGUUUCCGAGCACCCUUUGCUGUGCAACUCGUGUUCGUUGUCUUCCUACUCGGUUGCCUCCCUUUCGCGCCUGAAACGCCCUGGCAUCUUGUCCGCAAGGGACGCCGUGAGGAAGCAGCACGCUCCUUGCGCCGACUUUACGGGCCCAGGGCCGACAUCGAAGCUGAAGUGGCCGCCAUAGAACGAACUGUCAUCUUUGAGCGUGAGAACUCUCCCGACACCUCAUGGGCGCAGUGCUUCCGCGGAACAGACUUGCAGCGCUCGAUGAUCAGCAUGGGUGUCUUCGUCUGUCAACAUGCCUCUGGAAUCAUCUUCGUGCUCGGCUACUCGACGUACUUUUUCCAGCUCGCAGGGCUGCGGGACUCGAAGAGCUUCAACCUGGGUGUCGGGGUUACGGCGUGCGGAGUAGCAGGCAACAUUGCCAGCUGGUUCGUCGUGAACUCUCUCGGCCGCCGCACCGUCUUCCUGACCGGCAUGGUUUCGCUCCUAACCGUCCUGCUCCUCAUUGGAAUCAUGGACGUAGUCCCUACUUCUGGUGCUCAAUGGGUUCAGGCCGCCCUGACGGUCAUCUAUAACUUUGUCUACUUCGCGACCGUCGGGUCCAUGGCAUAUACAGUCCUCGGGGAGGCCAGUAGCGCCGCGCUGAGAGCACGCACCACGGGUCUUGCGGCGGCGACGCAGUCAGUCCUCGGUGUGGCGAUGAACUUUGCGUGCCCCUAUAUGGUGAAUCCAGACGAGGGGAAUUUGCAGGGAAAGGUAGGUUUCGUCUUUGGCGGGUUGUGUUUGUUCGCGACGGUUUGGAGCUUCUUUUAUGUGCCAGAGCUCAAGGGAAGGCCUAUGGCUGAGAUUGAUCAGUUGUUCCACCGGGGAGUUAAGCCAAGGAAGAUGGGGACCUUCAUGCUUUGA